AUGGGACAAGCACAGGACAAGUUUGUGGACGAACAAAAUGACGACGGUUCACAAGAUCCUUCUACUGUGGAAAACUCUGUGAUUACCGAAGCAACAAUUACCGUUGUUUCUUCGGAAUCUCAGACUCACCAUGAUAAUGGUUUCUUACCGCUCUCUAUGGACUCACAUAUGAAAGGAAAUGGUUCAAAUUCUCCACCCAACGAUACAGAUCCCGGUGGAAUCCUAAGUGAAAAAGGAAAGUCUUUCACUUCAGAUGGAAAUGGUCACAUGGAUUUCAUGGAAAAGAGUGACAAUUAUACCAUACGCCUAACCACUUCUACGAUAGAUUUUACAGACAACUCACUCGCAAGUUCACUUGCAAGUCUGUCAGUUAGAGAUCCCUCGUCUUCCGAUUGCAUGCCCUCGGCAUCAGUCGUGCAAGCUACGACGGUGAAGAAUAAUGCUAAAGAAAUUCAUUAUGAAUUGUCUAAGAACUAUGAAGAAAAUUCUAAUUCAAGCGUUGAAGAUGUAUCAAUAAACACAAAAAAAAACGAAUCUAUCCGUAAAAAGACAUCAAAAGAAAUAAAAUCAACUUUAGCUGAUGAAGCUGAAUACACGAUACCGGCUGCCAUUGCUGAAGAUGUUUUAAGAGAAAUGUUAGCAAAUAAACCCAGCCAGGAUUUAAUUGAAGAAUUAGAACCAACACCCGUGAUUACAAACGGAAAAGGUGAAAAUUCAUCAUCUAAAUUAACGGUUAACCAUGAAAAAAAUGGUGAGUCUUCUGAAGCGAAUAAAAGAAGUGUGAAAAAAAACAAUGUGUUAAUUCCGUCUGGCAUGACAGAUGCCCCUUUUCCAUCAAAAUUUACAUUUCCUAAUAUUGCGGACAAAAAUUUCUUUUUACCGAACUUUUCAAAUGCAACAACUACAUCUUCUCCUUCAUUUCCUUUCGGAAAUUCCUCCGAGUUAUCGUUACAAAAUCCCUUUCAAAGCCCUUCCAUUUCUUCUUCCAAUGCACCUGCAAAUUAUUCAAAUUCAAAAGAUCAAAGGCGUGCUACUUCUCAAUGGCAUCCUCCGGUUCUCGACAAGUUUUCCCCUCAGCUCUCGUCAAAAACACCCAUAGCGAUGCCGUCCAGUUCUAUAUGGCCACCGUCGAUAAGUACCACAUCCCCAACCGAUACCCAAUUUUCGAAUUCUAAUUUAUUGUUCCCACAGUUUACGGGCUCCUUCAAGUUCGAUAUGAAUUCCAAAAAUGCGGUGACCGGAUCUCAACCAUCCAAUUUACCACCACCAUUGGUUCGUCCGUCUACACCGCCAUUCACGACGACUCCGCCACUCAGUCCAUCUGCGAAAACGUCACCGAUUUCGUCGCAAGCGUCUGCGGCAAGGAAAGGAGUACAUUCUAAUGUUGGUGCAGACAAUGCGAAUAAUAAAAAGAAAAGAAAGGCUUUACAGACAGUGGGGGGGAGUUCAACGACGAGUAGUGGUGUUGGUGGUGUGAUUAAGACUUCAACCGCAAAAGAACGAGCAAAUCCACUUCGGAGAGUAGAAAGACGCUUGACACAGCGUAGCACUAGCGUUAUGAAUAGGGCGCCAGCAGGUAGCGGCAGUGGUGGUGAUACGGUGUCCCAAUUUGACAAGGUAUUCAAUAAGGAGACGAGCAGCAUGCGUCCUCCGCAGACGACAUUUGAUUUUUCGUUUAAAUCGAUCCCCGAGAAAUCUGCUGCACUAGCCGCAAGUGUGAACGCGGCUAGUGCAAAGAGAUUAGCCGCUGUGUCACCUAUUCAGACAAUGAAUGCUAAGAACGAUCCGUUCUCAUCAUCACUAUUCUUACAACAACAGUCACCGACAGUGACAACUGUUUCCACACUCGGUGCUUCAAAAAAGAAAGCAUCAACGAAACGUGCUGCUCCAUCGUCUGUGGCAUUCAAGAGUGACGAUAUAGUAGCCAAUCAUAACCACAUACGCCCUCAAGUUGCCGUAAGAUCCAAGGCACUUUUACCACCUUUGCCGCCGCCUCCUCCUGCGACUCCUAAAAGCAGUAUUCCACGGCGCAAAAUUAGAUUUACGGAAAAGAGCGGAGAUUGGAUUUGUAUGUUUUGUGAAUAUCGGUUGUAUUACGGGGAUGGAAGGCGACGGAGACGACCUAAAGCAAACACUGGUAGUGUAAAUGGUGGCGAGGGUGGAAAUAACAAUACAGGCGAAGGGGGAAAUAGUCUUGACAAAGCCCUUGCAACUUGA